AAGUUUAUUACUAACUAAUAAAAUGCAUUAUUUUGGUAAUCUUACAUUAUUCCAAUUCAAGGGGCCUUCUCCCCCUGUUUUUGUGGUCCAGGGUCAAAGGGAAGCUACUCUUCCUGGUUUAAUAGUGCAAGGCACAUUAUUAGUGUAUUAUUCAGUCUUUGCUCUUCACAUGCACUAAACAAAGGGAAGUAAUCCAUGUUUCAGCUGAAUUUAGUUGCUACAUCCUCUUUUCAUUCACACAACCACACCAGUAACACGCUUUUUAUUUCCACACGUAAGUUUUGUCAAUUUCGCUGGGAAGAGAGAUGUCGGGUCGCCGGAGAAGCAAGCGGAAGGGUAGUACAACAAGCAGGCAGUCGUCGCAAGCAAGGGGGUCUGCUCAGAGGCGUCGAGGGUCGCAGAAAGUUGCUCCAAACAAUGCGACGUCUGAUAGUGCUGUUCUUAGAGACGGGGAAAAUGGCGACAGCAGCAUGGCCGAAGCAGAGGUCCACGUGGUCCCAGAGUCUAUCGACGAGAUAACGCCUGUUACCACUACUCCUUCAGGAGGUGAGUCGGUGCAAAUUGGUUUUUAUCCGAACAAUACAUAUACCCCAUCAGUUAACUCACAAAUGUAUUCUCCCGGAAUUUCAAAUCAUGUCCCUCAAUCCCAGUGUCAUAACAAUGCACCUAGCGUGGUUAGUAACCCAAAUCAUGUCCCUCAAUCCCAGUGUCAUAACAAUGCUCCUAGCAUGGUUAGUAACCCAAUUGCUCCUCCUAAUUCGCAAGGCAUUCCCAUGUUUCAAAAUGUUGACAUGUUAAAUAUGCCACCACCUACAACAACACAAAGUGUGGAUGAUAACCUGGGUUGUAAUGUCCCUGUCAACAUUAAAAACAAAAUAUGGAAUGGUGAGUACAUCAAUUUCGCACUAUUGCUUAAACCAGACAGAGAUUUGAUGGAUUAUAUGACAACUUCGGCAGUAUUCAUCAGUACAGAUGGACAGCUGGAGUUGAGGCCCAAGUCUCAAGGCAAGAGAAUUGAGAACAUUUUUGAUUGGACAACGGCUUUCACAACUUACAUGAGUAUUUAUGUCCAGCGCAGGAUGGACAUGGUUCAAGGUUUACUGAAACACAUGAAUACUGUCCGUUUAGCAGAGUCUCGUCAUACUGGUUUGGGAUGGAGAACCUAUGAUGAACAAUAUCGUCUUCGCCAGGCUCGUGACCAGUCUCUACCAUGGGGAAAAUUGAAUGUGGAAUUGUGGAUGUUGUUUGUACAGACACCUUACCAUCAACAGGUCAGUUCUGGGUUUUCUGGAUUUCAAAAACGACACGUCAGCACAUUUCAGGGAAAAUUACAACGACCGGCAAACAACACAUGUAACAACUUCAAUCAGAGCAAGUGCUUUAGACAAAAGUGCAAGUACCGACACAGCUGUUCUGCAUGUGGAAGUGAUGCCCAUCCAGCCUGCAGAUGUACAUCAGCCAGCACUCCUUCCAGAGUUAUACAAGCUCGGUCGAACACCAGUCAAGACACAAGUGCUGGAACGUAUGGCAAAGCAUUUUCCGGAUCAGGCUCAAGCUCAGUUUCUCGUUAA